AUGGCGGCGUCUUCCUCCGCUCCGCUACGCGCCGGUCUCGAUGGCCCAUCCACCGGACGAUCACCCGCCCACAUGGCGACCACCACGGUCAAUGUGGAUGGGAUGACAUGCGGCGCAUGUACGUCCGCCGUGGAGGGUGCUUUCAAGGGCGUUGACGGAGCUGGAGAUGUCUCCGUGAGUCUGAUGAUGGGCAGGGCUGUCGUACACCACGAUCCGACGUUACUUCCUGCGGAAAAAGUCGCCGAGAUGAUCGAGGACAGCGGGUUCGACGCGACAAUUCUCUCCACGGACAGCCCCUCGCUACGAACGGGGAACGAGAAGGAGGCUCAGGGUAACCAGUCACAAAUUUCCACCACUACGCUGGCGAUUGAGGGAAUGACUUGCGGCGCUUGCACCUCGGCCGUGGAAGGAGGAUUGAACGAGCUAUCGGGGAUCCGGUCAAUUAAUGUCUCGUUGCUCUCGGAGCGCGCGGUUGUGGAAUACGAUGCUACCGCCAUUACACCGGAUCAAAUUGCAGAAACCAUCGAGGAUCGUGGCUUUGGCGCGAAGGUGCUGGAAACCUCGACGCUUCAGGCCGGUCCUCGCGCCUCUCAGGAUCUUACGGAACCAAAGUCACAUCUGAUGGUCACAACCAUCUCAAUUGACGGCAUGACCUGUGGCGCAUGCACAGCAAGUGUACAGAAUGCCGUGGAUGGUCAGGAUGGCCUGGUUCAAUUUAAUAUCAGUCUGCUUGCCGAACGCGCCGUUAUUACCCACGACCCUACGGUUCUUCCUCCGAAGCGGAUCGUCGACUUGAUAGAAGAUGGCGGUUUUGAUGCUGCUGUACUCUCUUCCGAAGCUCAAGUACCCGUUUCGAGCGCCGCAAGUAGAGUUACGCUCACUCUUCAUGGGUUGCGCGAUGCGUCCUCGGCGAACGAAUUAGAAGAUACCCUUCUCAAAAAGCCCGGAAUAACCUCAGCAUCGAUUGAUAUAGGUGCCUCGCUCGCUCACAUUUCUUACGUCCCCUCUGUCAUUGGAAUUCGCUCCGUCGUGGAGACCAUCGAGGCGGAGGGAUACAAUGCCUUGCUAGCUGACUCGGAUGAUACCAAUGCGCAAUUACAGUCGCUUUCUAAAACCAAAGAGGUUCAGGAGUGGAAGCGGGCAUUCUUGUUUUCGGUGUCUUUUGCAGUCCCUGUCUUUGUCAUCAAUAUGAUGCUGCCCAUGUACUUGCCGUCUCUCGACUUUGGGAGCUUUCAGUUGCUUCCUGGUAUUUAUCUUGGGGACGUCGCUUGUCUUUUGCUCACCAUCCCAGUCCAAUUCGGCAUCGGAAAGCGGUUUUACGUUACGAGCUUCAAGUCAUUAAGGCACCGUUCUCCAACAAUGGAUGUUCUGGUUAUGCUGGGCACGUCUGCAGCAUUCUUCUACAGCGUUUUCACGAUGGUUGUCGCCAUUUUUUCCGCAGCUCACAGACGCCCCAGCACUGUCUUUGACACUAGCACAAUGCUGAUCACCUUCAUCACGCUUGGUCGCUGGCUGGAAAACAGGGCCAAGGGCCAGACGUCAACCGCCUUGUCGCGGUUGAUGUCACUGGCUCCAUCCAUGACCACCAUUUACGACGACCCGAUUGCCGCAGAAAAGAUGGCCGAGGAAUGGGAAACUCCUGAAGUCGGCUCAAAGGAACCUAGGACAUCGUCUUCCGGCGAGAGGUCAGGUCCCGUUAUCAAAGCCAUCUCGACGGAACUCAUCGAGGUAGGCGACGUCGUUGUUCUUCAUCCAGGCGACAAGGUUUCCGCGGAUGGGAUCGUUAUUCGGGGAGAAAGCUAUGUCGACGAAAGUAUGAUCACUGGCGAGGCUUUACCUAUUCACAAGACUAAAGGCAGCCUUGUCAUCGCGGGUACUGUCAAUGGAACCAGCUCGAUUGACUUCAAGGUGACGCGGGCGGGCAAAGACACGCAGUUAAGUCAGAUUGUCAAACUGGUCCAGGAUGCGCAAACGACCAGGGCUCCCAUUCAGCGUAUGGCCGAUAUUGUAGCCGGGUAUUUCGUCCCCGCGAUCAUCAGUCUUGGUUUGAUUACGUUCUUUGGCUGGAUGCUUAUGAGUCACUUGCUUCCUAACCCGCCCAAAAUCUUCAUGUCCGAGCAGAGUGGCGGCAAGGUAAUGGUUUGUUUGAAACUUUGCAUCUCCGUCAUUGUCUUCGCCUGCCCGUGUGCUUUGGGUCUCAGCACCCCGACCGCCGUCAUGGUUGGCACGGGCGUUGGGGCUCAGCAAGGCAUUCUCGUCAAGGGCGGCGCUGUUCUGGAAGGCGCCACGAAGAUCAAUCAUGUCGUCUUUGACAAGACGGGGACCCUAACCACCGGAAAGAUGAGCGUUGCUGAUGCUAAGAUUGAGCCCCAAUGGGCAGCAAAUGAUUGGCGCCGUCGACUCUGGUGGUUGAUAGUCGGUCUUGCAGAGAUGAGCAGUGAACAUCCGAUUGGUAAAGCGAUUGUCAACGCCGCCAAAACCGAAUCUGGUCAACCUGGUGAAGGCGGCUUACCCGGGAGCUUGGGUGAUUUCGAUGCCUGCGUGGGCAAAGGUAUCUCUGCUUUGGUGGAGCCUACUUCCAGUGCCGAGCGCGUUCGAUAUCGUGUCUUGAUUGGAAACGCGACCUUCCUCCGGUCGAGGGAUAUCCCACUGCCCGAAUCGGUCGACGCCGAAGAUUCGGAGGCCGUCAAGGACAAAUCUAACGUGCCUGCUGGUAUCACUCACAUCCAUGUUGCCAUCGAUGGCCAAUUCGCCGGCACCAUCUUGCUACGGGACACUUUGAAGGUGACCGCAGUCGCUGCCGUCGCAGCGUUGAAUCGCAUGGGCAUUGCCACUUCCCUGAUCACCGGAGACACUUACCCUACGGCCGUAUCUAUCGCCACGGCAGUCGGGAUCCCCGUCGAGGCCGUCCACGCCUCCGUCUCCCCCUCCGACAAGCAGGCCAUCGUUGCGUCCCUGCAGGACUCUGGUCUUCGCGUCGCCAUGGUCGGUGACGGCAUCAACGACUCGCCCGCCUUAGCCACGGCCUCCAUCGGUAUCGCCCUGUCAUCCGGUACGGACGUCGCCAUGGAAGCCGCCGACAUCGUGCUCAUGCAGCCUGACGACCUCCUCUCCGUGCCGGCCAGUCUAGCGCUUUCCCGGUCCGUGUUUAACCGCAUCCGCCUCAACCUCAUCUGGGCCUGUCUCUACAACGUCAUCGGCAUCCCUUUCGCCAUGGGUCUCUUCCUCCCCUUCGGCGGUUUCAUGUUGCCCCCGAUGGCUGCCGGCGCCGCCAUGGCAGCCUCCAGCGUGUCCGUCGUCGUGAGCAGCCUCCUCUUGAAGUUCUGGCGCCGGCCCCGAUGGAUGAACGCCGAACGACUCGAGAAGGAGAUCGAGGCGAACAACACCAGUCUCCGCGGUUCCAAGAAGAGCUGGUGGAAUGCCAACCUCUCCGUCACCGGCUCCGGUGCCGGCUCCGGUCCCGUCCGCUUUGCCCAAAACACAGGCCGCCAGCUCUGGUCCUUGGUUACGGGCAAGGGAUCUCGCAAAUCAGACACCGAUGAGGGAUACGUUCCGUUGCAGACUGUUGAGCCUGUGGCUUGA